GUGAGCCUAGCCUAGACACUUUAUACGACAGUUGCGUAUUUAGAGCGAAACAAUAGUAUCAAAAUCUUUAGUAUAUUUUCCUUUUCACAAGUGAUAAAUAACGGCCAAACGUGAAAUAGAUGCUGUUUAAUGUUGAACCAAAGUCCAAUAGCUAUGAAGAUACAGGCCCGGUUAAGAACAAAGUACAUUUAAAUGAUUAUUUACCUACUUAUCUACAAUUAGCCAGAUUUUGAAUUGCAAAGAUAUCAAAUAAUUGCUAAUGUUACAUCAGUUUUCAUUAAUUAAUAAACAUAAUUAAAUAUUACUUAAACUUUGUUGACACUAUAAAAAAAAUUAUAAUGAAGUUGACCAAAGAAUGGUUUGUGCCAGCUCCGUGGGGCAAUAUUGCUGUGAUAUCCUGGGGCUCCGCGGACGGCAGGCCGGCGCUGCUGGUGCACGGGCGGCAGGACAGCGCCGCCACGUUCCAGCCGCUGGCGGAGCGCCUCCCGCACUCGUACUACUUCGUGGCCGUGGACCUGCCUGGCAACGGGAAGUCGGAUCCGUUCCCGGCUGGUCUCCCAGUGUGGCGGUAUUACUACCUAGGCGCCAUAGACGUAGUGGUUAAACAUCUGCGAUGGCUCAAGUUCAUAUACGUGGGCCACUCUAUGGGAUGCGAGCUAGGUCUAUUCUUCAACGCGGUGAGACCUGGAAUGAUAACGAGGAUGGUCCACCUGGACCCGCUGCUGACCUUCCAGCGGCUGCAGAACAGCGAGCGCCCCGACCGCUACUUCAGCACCUACUUUCAGAGCUUCUACGACAAUUACGACAAUUAUAAUUAUUAUUUCAAGGUGUACACGAAACGUAAAGCGCUGGAGGCGGUGGUGCGCGCGCGCCGCGUGGGCGCCGAGCUCGCCGAGCUGCUGCUGCGGCGGAACCUCAUCGCGCUGGGGGACGACCACUACAGGCUGUCGUGGGACCGGCGCACGGCCGACUGCGUCCCGCAGAACUUCCCCAACGAGUAUUACGCGGAGCUGUUCAGCACCGCGCCGCCUUCCGUCCUCAUCAACAUGUCUAACGGCCACAAGGGCAUAACGAGCGGGCGAGAAGACGCGUUGAAACUGAUGGAAGCAUUGAAAGCCCGGACCAACAUGACCUUAGUCGACUUGCACGGCGAGCACGACGCCCACCUCACGCCCGACGGCAUGGCGGAGACGAUAGCGCAGUUCCUGGAGAAGGAUCUCAGGAGGUCCAAGUUGUAGUGUGUAUGUUUGUGUGUUUCUGUGCCGUGUGAUAUCCGGAAUUGAGCAAAUUUUGCUUUGUUUUUUUUUCCUUUUCUUAUUUUAUUUGUUUUGCAAUGGAUUUUGUGCGCAAUGUCAGUGAGUUUUCCUCAAGCCACUCUAUCAGUCUUUUCAAGACUGUUGGCUCUAUCUACCCCGCAAGGGAUAUAGACGUGAUUAUAUGUAUGUACUUAUGUAUGUAGACCAGGAAUCUGGCAUUUUAGAAUAGGACCACUCCAUCGCUUUCCCAUGGAUGUCGUAAAAGACGACUAAGGGAUAGGCUAAUAAACUUGGGAUUCCCUCUUUUAGGGCUAGCAACCUGUCACUGUCACUAUUUGAAUCUCAAUUCUAUCAUUAAGCCUAACAAAAGAAUACCAAGUUUAAAAGCCUAUCCCUUAGUCGCCGUUUACGACAUCCGCGGGAAAGAGAGAUGGAGUGGUCCUAUUCUUUUUUGUACUAGUGCCGGGAACCACACGGCACAUAUUUUUUAUAACACGAGUAUUUUUUAAUAGUGAGUAUUCAAAGAUGUACUAGGUACUUAUAUGAAUAAAGAUUUUGAAUCUGAUUGAAUUAAGGCUUGGUGUUGGUCUGGGGGUAGGAUCUGAGUUUAGGUAGCGGCCGUGUGACGCACAGACAUUAUAUCUUCGACGAUAAAUAAUAUAU